AUGGUGUUGUCCUCCCCGAAUUCAGUUAUACCCCAAUUUCCUUCCUCACUUCCACGCCGUCGUUUCUUCUCUCCCUCUUUUCUCCCGCUCUCACACCCAGCGCUGGCGGCGAAUCAUCCCGCUGAAAUGAAGCCUGACUGCCCGGCGAAUUCCUCCGUAAUGGCGGUCCUUUUUGGGCGAGUGAUGACCGUUACGCUUUUUCUAGCCGCCAUCGUUUUUUCUUGCUUUGUGCUCUACCGAGGUGUUGAUUCUGUUGGACUCAAAUUGCCGGCUAGUUAUCACUUUCAGAAUCCACUUCCUGUAGCUCUGAUCAGCGACUCUCGUCGGACUGACCGAGACAACAAUAGUCUUGAAAGAGUUUUGACGCAAGCUUCGAUGCCUGAUAAAACAGUGAUUUUAACAACCUUGAAUGAAGCAUGGGCUUCUCCAAACUCGAUCGUUGAUCUGUUCCUAGAGAGCUUCAGAAUUGGAGUACAAACUCGUAGGCUUUUGAACCAUUUGGUGAUACUCGCAUUGGAUCAAAAAGCAUAUUCUCGUUGCUUGGAUAUUCAUAUGCAUUGCUUUGCUCUCAUCACUGAAGGAGUCAACUCUUCGACAGAGGCCUACUUUAUGACUCCAGAAUACUUGAAAAUGAUGUGGAAUAGGAUUCAUUUUCUGAAAUCUGUUCUAGAGAUGGGAUUCAACUUUGUUUUCACGGAUGCUGAUAUAAUGUGGUUUCGGGACCCUUUUCCACAUUUUUACGCUGAUGCAGACUUUCAAAUUGCUUGUGAUCAUUUUAUUGGCGACUCUGAUGAUCUGGAUAACAUACCAAAUGGUGGUUUCAAUUUUGUGCGGUCAAACAACCAAACUAUUGAGUUUUACAAACUUUGGUACCUGUCACGAGAAUUAUAUCCCGGACUACAUGACCAGGAUGUUCUCAACAAAAUUAAGAAUGACACUUUGGUCCAAGAUAUUGGAAUAAAUAUUAAGUUCUUGAGUACUGCAUACUUUGGUGGCUUUUGUGAACCUAGUAAAGAUCUAAAUGAAGUCUGUACUAUGCAUGCAAAUUGUUGUUUUGGGCUGGAUUCCAAACUUCACGAUCUCAGGAUAUUGCUCAAAGAGUGGAAAAGUUACAUGGCUUUACCACCAAGAUUGAAGGGGCCAUCUUUGGUAUCUUGGACUGUUCCUCAGAAUUGCAGUCUUGACGCAUUUGUGCCAUUCAAUGUUUCGAAUGAGAAUGAUACGCAGCAGAUAGGAUUCGGCUGAAGACUUCUACAGUCAUUAUAAAUGAUGAUUUUUAGCUUAACUGAUUUAAAGGCAAGGCUUUUCUUCUUCUUUUUUUUUUCUCCUUUUAAUUUGCAUGUCUUGUAAUGGCUUACUCCUGAUCCCCCUGAAUCUUUGUAUGCUACCAAUUAGAUAGGUGUUUUGCUUAUUAGCAGAGGUAAAAAGUUAAUUUUUCUUAUGUCAGCAACCAAAUAGGACAGCAGAAUUCUCUUUCCAUCUUUUAUAAGUUUGCCAUGAAUGCUUGAAAUGUGUCUGACUGAACUGAACAGAAAAUUAUGCCAUAGGCUGUAUAUUUGCCUCAAUAGGGAGCUGGUCCUCGUCUAUGUGUGCCAAUUCGAAAUGAUUGGUUUAACAGGUUGUUUUUCUUCUUAUUCUUUUUUUUCAGGGAUGCCAUCCACCAUUGUAAGGCGCUGCUAAUCCUGAACAGUGGUUCGGAGGGGGUUUUGCCUAGAGAUGUUCA